GGGAUCCAGUUCUGUUCGUCGACGAACAAGCAUUCCAUACUCCGUUGGACGCCGUCCACCAUUGUCAGCCCUCCGUGGAUGUUCUCGGCCAAGCGUUGAAAAAGUUUUGAACCCAGGUUCUUUUCCACUCCCAAAAUCCGAUGGGUAAACUGCUUUUAGGGACCAUUUUAGGAAGAGAUGUUUGGCAUCAUCGGUGCUGGCAAGCUGGUCCAUCUACAUCCAUUUCACCAACAAGGCGAAUAACAAAUAUGACAUAUACAUUUUUUUGCAUGGCUCAAUGUCUACUUUGAGAUGACAUUAUUGUAAUGACCUCACAUUUACAAUGUGCUCCACACAAAUAGCUCUACUUUUUCCUUUUCUCUUGAAGGUGGUGAUGCAUUGAAGUGACAAUUGCUCUGUAUGAUAGUGUCAACCAGUUGCAGUAAGAAUCUCUUGCUAAUGGUUUACCGCCAUCUGGGUUUGAAAACCCUUUAUAAAAUACCAGUACAAUGCUUAUGUUGCUCUAUAACAUUCAAAUUUUUUAUCCAUGAGCUCCACCUGCCUGACCAAAUUCCUCAGCCAACAGUCUCCUCAGUAAAACCGCUCUAUGGUUAAUUGCUUGCACAAGAGCCUUCCUACCCAAGCUUUAAGCCGUCUUAAGGAAUCAAUCUCAGCUGGGUUUAUUCAGAACAUUGACAAAGUCACAUUUGCUCUAUCUCUCAAGGCUUGUCAAGGGGAAUUCAAACUUGGGUCCCAAAUCCAUGGAAUUGCCAUAUGUAGUGGGUUUGUUUCAAAUCUCAGUGUUUCAAAUUCUCUCAUGAACAUGUACUGCAAGUCUGGACAUUUUGGUAUUGCUUUGCGGAUUUUUGAGAAUUUGCACCAUCCUGACAUUGUCUCUUGGAACACUGUUCUUUCAGGAUUUGAGAAGAGUGAGGAUGCAUUUAGUUUUGCUCAUACUAUGAAUUAUAGCGGGAGUUUCGACCCGGUAACUUAUACUACAGUUCUGUCCUAUUGUAGAGAUGGUAAUGAAUUUUGGGCUGGAUUGCAGAUGCAUUCUCCUAUAUUAAAACGUGGAUUGGAUGGUGAGACAUUUAUAGGGAAUGCACUUAUAACCUUGUACUCUAGGUGGGGGCAACUAGUUCAGGCUAGGAGGGUGUUCGAUGAAAUGCCUAAACGAGAUGUGGUUUCAUGGUGUGCAAUGGUUUCAGGAUAUGCUCAAGAGGGAGAUAAUAGGUUGGAAGCAGUUUUGACAUUCAUCAAUAUGAUGAGAGAUGGUAUGCUGCCUGACCAUGUCUCAUUAACCGGUGCAGUUUCAGCUUGUGGUCAUGAAAGAAAUUUAGAACUAGGGAGACAGGUUCAUGGUUUGACCAUAAUGAGAUAUGACAGGCAUCUUUCAGUAGGUAAUGUUUUGAUUUCUGCCUAUUCAAAGUGUGAAGUCAUGAGGGAUGCAAAACUGGUCUUUCAGCUCAUGAAUAAUCGAAAUGUAGUCUCUUGGACUAUUAUAUCAAUAGAUGAAGAUGCAAUUUCUCGCUUUAAUGAGAUGAGAAUUGAUAAUGUGUAUCCAAAUGAAGUUACAUUUAUAGGAUUGAUCCAUGCGAUCACAACUCAAAAUCUUCUAAAAGAAGGUCUAAUAAUGGUUCAUGGGUUAUGUAUAAAAGGAAACUUUUUAUCUGAGUCAACUGUCUGCAAUAGCCUCAUUACCAUGUAUGCGAAGUUUGAGUCCAUUCAAGAGUCAGAGAAUUUUGAGGAGCUUAGGACCAGAGAAGCAAUAUCAUGGAAUGCUUUAAUUUCUGGCUAUGCUCAAAAUAGCAUGUUCAAAGAAUCUUUUCUUACAUUUUUGUCAGCAUUAAAGGAGAUAACGCCCAACCAAUACACUUUUGGUAGUGUCUUAAAUGCAAUAGGUGCAGCUGAAGAUAUAUCCAUAAAACAUGGACAACGUUGCCAUUCCACAUUGAUCAAACUUGGUUUAAGCACUGACCCAAUUAUUUCAGGGGCUCUUCUUGACAUGUAUGCUAAGAGGGGAAGCAUAAUUGAAUCUCUACAAGUUUUUUCUGAGACACCUGAAAGAACCCAGUUUGCUUGGACUGCAAUAAUAUCUGCGUAUUCUCGACAUGGAGACUACAAGUCAGUGAUGAGGCUGUUCAAGAGAAUGGAAAUGGAAAAAAAAACUCCUGACUCCAUCACUUUCCUUUCUGUACUUACUGCAUGUUGUAGAAAUGGAAUGGUUGAUGUUGGCCUAGAAGUUUUUGACUCUAUGAUCAAGGAUCAUCACAUUGAACCAAAUCCUGAACAUUAUUUCUGUAUGGUAGACAUGCUGGGCCGUGCAGGGAGGCUAAAGGAGGCAGAAGAGCUGAUGAAUCAGAUUCCAGGAGGACCUGGAUUGAGCGUACUGCAAAGUUUGCUUGCCUGUAGGUUACAUGGAAACAUUGAGAUAGCUGAGAAGGUGGUUGAUAUUCUGAUAGAAAUGGAGCCCACUUGUUCGGGUUCGUAUGUGUUGAUGUCAAACUUGUAUGCUGAGAAAGGAAAGUGGGAGAAAGUGGCUGAAAUGAGGAAAGGGAUGAGACAGAGGGGAGUGAGGAAGGUAGGGUUUAGCUGGGUAGAUGUUGGGAAGAAUAACAUUGAUUCCUUGUACUUGUCUGGGUUCUCCUCUGGGGAUAAGUCUCACCCUGAGUCUGAGGAAUGUAGGAUGGCAGAGUUUCUAGGAUUAGAAAUGAAAUUCUUGGAACAUGAAAGGAAAGAGAAUAAAGAAGAGAAGUACCAGCAUCAUAACCAGGUCAUGUUUAGUACAACGGAAUUGGACAUGAGGAUGAGAAUGAAAAUGAGGAGCCGGAAAUUUUUUUUUCAUUUGCAUGAAUGGAAUGGGAAGAAAAUCGACACCUACAAGUGUGGAAAUGAGGACUCCUCUAUCUGAUGAUGGAGGGAUCAUGUCCUUUGGAGUGGAAGCCCUCUUCACUUUGCAGAAUAGAGUCCCUAGAGACUCACACUUGAAGGACUGCCAUUGUUCUCAGCGUAGCUCAUUCUCUCAUCUACCAUUACAGAGGAGAGUGAAGCUCAUCCUCUACCACUGAAGACAAGAUGACAGAUAUGAACCAGAACUGUUCACAUGACAGAUAUGAACAAGAACUGACAAAGUAUUGAAGUAGCUUAUCAUGUUUUUCUGAAUUUUAAUUGACAUAUAUGAACUUGAACUGUUCACCAUGUGGGACACAAAAGUUGUGGAAAAACAAAUUUAGACACAAUCUGGUAACACUAACAGGUCUAAAGGAGUUUGGAGAUGCUUUGGGUUUGUAUCAUGUGAAAGUUCCAUCAAUUUUUAUCUAGUAAGAAUUUACGUUUUGUAAAAUAUAAUCCUGUGCACUGUUUAUUCGACAGUAAAAGGUAUAGUGAUGCUGAGAUGUUGUAACUCCAUUGGUUGUUGCUGCUUUUUUUUUUUUAUAUUUAAAUUUGCUUUGGUAGAUAUGCAUUUUUUGUUUCCAAAACAGAUUAAAUUAAAUCACAUUUCCCAUUUUGUGUGGGGUUGGGCUA